AUGGCUGCGCCACCGUCAUCUCCGGAGCUUCCCUGGAGGACGCGCAUCCAGUUAUCCAUCAUCAGUAAAUUCAACGAUGCCUCUCGCCGCCGUGACGGUACUGUUAACCGCCGCCUCCUCAGGUUCUUCGAAUCCGUUAUCAGAACGCCGGCCAACUCCAAUCCUAUCAAAGGCGUCUGGACUUCCGACAUCACUAUCGACUCCUCUCGCAACCUUUGGUUCCGCCUCUUCGUACCCACACAAUUUACUGGACGUGGUGACUCUCAGUUGCCCGUUGUCGUCUUCUUUCACGGGGGCGGUUUCGUCUAUCUCAGCCCGGAUGUGAAGUCCUACGACAUCGUCUGCCGCCGUUUCGCUUGCAAGUUCCCUGCCGUCGUAGUCUCCGUCAACUACCGGCUGGCUCCGGAACACCGUUACCCGGCUCAGUACGAGGACGGGUUUGAUGUUCUGAAGUUUCUUGUCGGCGAGAAGAGCUUAUUGCCGGAGAACGCCGAUCUGUCGCGUUGUUUCUUAGCCGGAGAUAGUGCCGGAGCAAAUCUGGCCCAUCACGUGGCUAAACGGGCAUGUGAGUCCAAAUUUAAGGACAUCAAGAUAAUAGGACUGAUGGCUAUACAACCAUUUUUUGGAGGCGAGGAGCGUACCGAGGCUGAGAUUGAAUUAGCAGGGGUCGAUCUACUCGUAUCAGUGAGUCGAACGGAUUGGAUGUGGAAUGCAUUUAUGCCGGAAGGGGAAGGAAUGAACAGAGACCAUGAGGUUAUCAACGUGAGUGGGAAGAAUGCAGCCAACAUUUCUGUAUUGGAUUUUCCGGCCACAUUGGUGGUGGUGGCUGGCUUCGAUUCUCUCAAAGACUGGCAACGAAGGUACUACGAGUGGCUAAAGAACAACGGGAAAGAAGCCUAUCUGGUGGAGUACCCAAACAUGAUCCAUGCCUUUUAUGUUUUUCCUGAACUUCCUGAAUCUGGUGAUCUAAUCUCUCAACUCAGAGACUUUAUUCACAACCAGUGUCAAAAAAUUAAUUAA